GCUCGCCCCGGGGCAGCGGGCGGCCCCGAUCCCGCGGGCGCCGCGCCUCCCCGGCUGCAGCGGGCCGGGGGUUCGGGCCCAGCCGGCCAGGCCCGCGGAGCGCCCCGCGUCCCAUGGAUAUAGCAACAGGUCCCGAGUCCCUGGAGCGGUGCUUCCCCCGCGGACAGACGGACUGCGCCAAGAUGCUGGACGGCAUCAAGAUGGAGGAGCACGCCCUGCGCCCGGGGCCCGCCGCCCUCGGGGUGCUGCUGGGCUCCGACUGCCCGCACCCCGCCGCCGUCUGCGAGGGCUGCCAGCGGCCCAUCUCCGACCGCUUCCUCAUGCGAGUCAACGAGUCGUCCUGGCACGAGGAGUGUUUGCAGUGUGCGGCGUGUCAGCAAGCCCUCACCACCAGCUGCUACUUCCGGGAUCGCAAACUCUACUGCAAACAAGACUACCAACAGCUCUUCGCGGCCAAGUGCAGCGGCUGCAUGGAGAAGAUCGCGCCCACCGAGUUCGUGAUGCGGGCGCUGGAGUGCGUCUACCACCUGGGCUGCUUCUGCUGCUGCGUGUGCGAGAGGCAGCUGCGCAAGGGGGACGAGUUCGUGCUCAAGGAGGGCCAGCUGCUGUGCAAGGGCGACUACGAGAAGGAGAAGGACCUCCUCAGCUCCGUGAGCCCCGACGAGUCGGACUCCGUGAAGAGUGAGGAUGAAGAUGGAGACAUGAAGCCAGCCAAGGGGCAGGGCAGCCAGAGUAAGGGUAGUGGAGAUGACGGCAAGGACCCAAGAAGGCCCAAACGGCCCCGGACCAUCCUCACCACGCAGCAGAGAAGGGCCUUCAAGGCUUCUUUUGAGGUCUCCUCCAAGCCCUGUCGGAAGGUACGAGAGACUCUGGCAGCAGAGACAGGCCUCAGCGUGCGUGUGGUGCAGGUCUGGUUUCAGAACCAAAGAGCAAAGAUGAAGAAGCUGGCCCGGCGGCACCAGCAGCAGCAGGAGCAGCAGAAUUCCCAGCGGCUGGGCCAAGAGGUUCUGUCAAGCCGCAUGGAGGGCAUGAUGGCCUCCUACACCCCGCUGGCCCCUCCGCAGCAGCAGAUCGUGGCCAUGGAGCAGAGCCCCUACGGGAGCAGCGACCCCUUCCAGCAGGGCCUCACGCCGCCCCAAAUGCCAGGUGACCACAUGAACCCCUAUGGGAACGACUCCAUCUUCCAUGAUAUCGACAGCGAUACCUCCCUCACCAGCCUCAGCGACUGCUUCCUCGGCUCCUCCGACGUAGGCUCCCUGCAGGCCCGCGUGGGGAACCCCAUCGACCGGCUCUACUCCAUGCAGAGCUCCUACUUUGCCUCCUGAGAACCAGCCGGGCCGCAUGGACACUUGGGCCUGGGCCUAGGGUGGGACCACAGGCCUCCGCAGCCAGCCGGCCCCCCAGCCUGCCACCCGCUCUGAUUCUACAGACAGCCAUACGGUGCCCUCCCCUCGGCCCAGCCGGACCUGGCUCAAGUGCCCAGUGGGCACAGCCAGACAGGCAGAUGGGUGCAGCCUGGGCAGGGACUGUGUCCUGCCCACAGAGACCUUGUGACCCCUGGGGACCCAGAGCUCUUGGACAGCCACGCGCCUCCCAGUCCUUUGGCUCCAUCACCACCUUUCUCCACCCCACCUCUUUUUUGGGGAAGCUUAAAUUUGUUCUUUUUUUUUUUAAUUUUUUUUUUUUUAACAUUCUGUUUCCAGCCAACUUCCAUUGUCCCUGCAAGGCCAGCCCUGUGGUACCCGAGAAACGGUUAUACGGGUGUCCUGCGCUGGCAACCACUUCCCCUUUUAGUCAGCGCAGGGGAUGGUUUCUGGGUCCUAGGAGGCCCAGGGUCACUGUUCCCGGCCCUAGGCUGGAGCAGAGGAGAGGAGGGGCCAAGCAGGCAUGACAGGCCUUUGGCCCUGCCUGAACCAGGAGUCACAGCAAGAGGAGGGAUGUGGGCAGAGAGAUGCAAAGGGAUGGAGAUGCAUAUGGACUAGCUCGUCUGUAGACACACGUGUGCACGCACACACAGAUGUGGAAGAGGCGCCAUCUCCUGCAGGGGUCCUGCCUCCGAGAGCAGUUGGAGAGGGAGGCAGGAGGGAGGCAGGAGGGAGGCCUGGGGUAUGAGCAGGAAGACUAGGUGGAUCCAGGCUCUGUGCAGGUCAUGACUGCCAGGACAGGUGGGCAGUUCCAGAACCACCAGGUCCCAGGCCAGAGACGGAACCCACAGAAGCAAGUAGAAUCAGGCCACAGCAGCCGCCCCCGAUGGAAAGGACCUCGAGAGUCACCAGCUUGACACCAUCUGAUUCUCAAUUCCCCCUGGUCCUUGUUCUCAAGCAGGACCAGCAGUGAAAAGCCCAGGCCAGCCCCCCUUCUUAUGGCCUCUGCUGACCCUUAGCCCCUCUUCUCAGUCGGCUGAGGCUGUACACUGGCAGGGCCCUGGCCUGCUCUGCGGGCAUGGGACAGCCAUCACCAACCCCCCCCCGAGCCCCCGCAACAUUAGCCAGCUCACACGGACGGACCAGGCUCAUCACCCUCCCUGCUUUUGGCACCUGACCUCUGCUGAUGCCGUCUGAGGUCCAGCAGGUGGCUCAGGUCGCAUGACUUUGGAACCCCACCCCUAUUCUAUCGUGAGCCCUCUGGGCCUCGCACAGGUACGAUGACAAGCCACAACUUCUCAGUGUGUGUGGGUGGGAUGCUGGUUGCCUCGAGCCCACUAGAGACUGGCAUGUGCCUGGUCGCCUUUCCUUUCGUUGGCUCGGCCAGCUCGGGGUCUUACUGUGAACUCGCUGUGUUCCCUCCCACUCUGUUAGCUGAGUGAAAAAGAAAGGCCAGCCCUGUGGGGCUCCCACCAUGCCCUUGCACAGUAUUUAGCCCACCAUUAUUUCAGCCUCCUGUGCCACCCCAGCCUCCAGUCUCCUGGACUCUUCCUGCCCACAGCAGAAGCAAUGGUGGUCUUUCUUUGGCACCCGCCCCCCCCCCACUGGCCCCUGGCAGGCACUGUGUCUCAGGCCAGAUGCCCAGGAUGCUGUCAUUCAUUUAAUGCUGAAUCCUAACCCCCGCCAUCCUGAUGUCUGCUGAGCUCUGAGUCUCAGCCUCUCUCUCUCUCUCUGUCCCUCUCUCCCUCCCUUGGGCUCCUGUGUCUGGCUAGUUAAGCUGUGUGGGUUUGUUCUCUGUCUCUGGGGAUACCUAUCCUCAGACCCCCUCGACCCCACUCAGAUGUCACAAUAUGGAGUCGUCAGGGAAGAGCAGCCAGCAUAGCCCACCCGUGUCCUCCUUUGUAUAAAGUGAGCAUCACUAAUGUCCAUGCUGAAGCUGUGGUCCUGGCCACCGGCUAUCCUGGGACUCGCCCUUUCCCCUCUGUCACAGACCCCUGGCUGAAUUGUACAGGCCAUACUCGGGGCAGACCCAGGGUACAUACCAGAACCCCAGGAGACCCGGCUCCUCUUAUCCACUUUUUAAGCUGGAGGACACAAUGCCAAAGGGCGGUGCAGCUGCUGGGAAACCGGAGGCAGGAGAGAGGAAGGGGUGUGCUCAAGGCUCCACAGCAAGGCGUCAUGGAGCUGCAGCUGAGGAGAGGGCAGCAAGCCUGUCCCCAUCUCCUGUGUCUCACAAACGGCCCCCACUAGGGACCAAUGUGUUCUCACCACUCCUGCUGGGCCCAAGGGUCCUCCCUUCCUAUUCCGGGGCCUCCAGACCCCACGUCCAGCCCUGGCCUCUGCUGUCCCCAUGCUAGUGUCCCAAGCCAGGAGUUGUGACUAGGACACUCUUAGGUUAGCAGAGGAGGGACCUCAGCCGUCACACGGGAGAUGCCCUGCAGCCGUUUUCAGGACUCCUUCACCACGGCUGGGGCCCGCUGCCCUGCUAAGACCACGUGCUGACCCUGGAUGCUGCAGGGCCCUGGGCUUCUGUCCUGUGGGAAGAGACAGCCUUCGCUUCAGCCCUGCCCAGGCCUUGUUAGAGACCGCACUCAGGUUGGGGAACUGAGGCUGAGAGAAGGCAGCGGUGUGGGGCUGCAAGGGCGAGCCUGCAGCCCUAGGGAGCAGGGGGAUGUGGGAGGCAGAUGCAGAAAUGGAGAGAUGGGUAGGGGCAUCUCAGAUCCCACCUCCUGGCUGGGCAUGUGGCAGUGUUGAGGCUCAGGAGGGAGCCUGGCCAGGUGUGACACAGGAGCAGCAGGAACCCAGGCUUUGUCCCAGCCAGGGCCCGAACUGUGGAUUCCGAAUACUCCGCUGUCCUCAGAGACUGUCUCUCAAAAGGCCCCACACAGACACCACACCAGGUGUGAGGGUCAGUCCAAAGGGUGGCCAGGGCAGCCUGCUGUCACAGAGGCUUCCUGGAGGGGGCUGGAUGGUGAGGAGCUGCCUUCACACAAAUAGGCCCAGCUGAGGGGCAGCCCCUCCCCCUUUAGAGACAUCCCUUUAAGGUGAGGCCACCUCCCUAGUCUAUCUGGAUGUCCACCCUGCUCAGUCAGGAAACAGGGGAAAGAGGGACUCAGAGCUCUGGGCACCCCUAGGGCCAGGGGGACGCUGCAGCCCAGGGCUGACCGCCGGGGGGAAGGGGCACCACACUCACACACGUACGUGCACACACACUCACACCCGAUACAAGGAGGCUCACACGUGGCCUGGGCGCAGGGAAGCAGGAAGGAGCCUUCAACAUGUGGCCCUUGAUAGGGACAAUUGCCAAUGGUCUCUGGGCUGCUGCCCUGCCCUGCCCUGGGGUCCCACUGGAGGGAGUUUGUUGCCAGCGGGGCUGGGUCCAGGCCACCCAUCGUAUUCUUCCGUUUACCUUGUACAGACUGCCCGCCUGCCAUCCCCACACACAUUUUAUUUAAUAACUUGUCAUUGUUAAAUUAUUUAUUAGCGUUACCACAUUACCACCCCCGCCUUCCACUCACCUUCUGCCUCUUCCCACAAAAGCAGAAAAUGGAAACAACGAGAAAAAAGACGAGAUGUUGGUAUAUUUGUAAAUAAACCUGUA